AAACAUCGGUAGGAAACAAACACUUGGGCUUUAUCUUUCCACCAAUGAGAACACUGAAUCCAUCUUUCUACCAAUGAACAACAUGCAACGAUGUAGAACACUUUGUUUCCAAGUCUACUGUAGGAAAACAUCAUAAAACAACUUUGUCAAGUCGUAACUUGUUGUUUAGAGAGUGAAUCUACUGAUACCAUUUUAUGUGGACAAGUUUUUCACGGGCAACGGUAUUGACAUGUGUUCAGUGUUGGCCAUCGCCAAGUUUCCUUGCAUUAGGGCUCUCAAGGCAGCACUCGAAACCUGAAUCUUCAGCCGUCCUGCUACUUUCGAGUCCAAACUAUCCAACCUCCUAUCCAACCAACUUUACUACUAUUUCAAACUGCCCACAAAAACAUGAGCUGGUCCCGGGAAACUCAAGCUCAGCCUUAAGCUGCAGCUUUACCUAGUAUAGUGUCGUAACCGCCCCGAUAGAUGGCGUUGCGUUCGACCACCGGAGAGCCAGACCAGCCACAAGCUUACUCCAGUUUGGAUUCAGCACUCCGCAUCCGCACUCAAGUCGCUGCUGGGCGCGUCCCCCAAGAUUGAGGUUAUGCCAUACACAUUCAUCACGUUUCACGGCUGCACUACGGAUCCAAAGUGAACGCGCUCCCCCGCGCUACUCAGUACUCCGCACAGGCUCGCUCAGUACAUGACCAUGACCAAGCCGACCUUGCGCCAACUACCAGCCGAAAUCCUCAUGCUGGUCAUGCAGCACCUCUCCGUGGACGACCUCUUGGCUUGCCGGCUGGUAUGCAGGCGUCUGGGCAGCCUCGUCCUGCAACCGGAGGUAUGGUGCCGCCGACAGCUCGGCGACGACAAGCCCUGCCUGUGCGCCGUGCUUUGCCUGGCGCCCUGCCUGGACAAGGUCGUCUUCAGCAACAAGGUGCACACCAAAGCGUUCACCAUGACGAGGUGUGCUGUGAGACAUUUGACUCUGCAUAUUAAAAAGGGCACCGAAUGUGCACAGGCCUGUGUGGCGGUCCUCAAGCAGGAGUUGCUCGGCCGUCUGAGAAGCGUGGAACUUGAAGUGUGGCACUCUCCCGAGGACGUUGCGCCCCUGGAUAGUGGCGAAGCGUUGUUAAAGACCCUAGUGUCGUGUUCGUCUGGCUUGGAGUCGCUUGACCUUCAUGAUGGUCUGCCCAGACCCUAUACUAUGCGCCCCGUUCUUCAUGGUCCGCUAAGGUCGUCCUUGACAUACUUUCGUUGUGAAAUCUCGGAGGCUUCCGAGACCUUCGUGAACACCGUGCUGGCCGGACACGCGGCUUCACUGGAGGAGGUUCACCUCGGCUCUGGAGACUGCAAGAAGGACACUUUUCAGCUGUUUGUCGGCGUGCCCAAUCUAAGGAGUCUCACCUGCUUGAUGUUUCCUGGGAUGCAGGUUCUGGCCUCGUGCCAAAAGCUGAGGGACGUGUCUUUCUAUGCUGACGACCGCAUCCCCGAACCUGUCGUGCGGGGGGCUGCCAAAUUCUUCCGACUAGCCCGUAAGCUGCGCUCAGUCUCCGUUGAAUUUUGCUACUCUGAAGGCGACAGACGACGUUUCAUGGAACUUUUGGAAGCCCUGUGCUCGUCCGGAGAGUCCCUGGAGCAGUUGUCCGUUGUGUGCCCGCCCAACUUGCCGCCGCUGCUCCGCGCGCUGCCCCGGCUGCCUGCCCUGCAGCUGCUGGGCGUGUUGGUCACGACGCUGAUCGACCCCUUGCCCGACGGUCAGGAGAAGGAGCGCCACAAGUUCCUGGUGGGCAUCACACCAGCCACGGCGCCGAGCCUGCGGAGGCUCGAGCUGUCGACCAACGACACGCUGGGCUGCCUCCACGAGUGGCUGCACCGGGACGCGGUGGCUCGGGUCCUCACCGCCAACCCCUCGCUGCACAUCCACGUGUGGGGCACCCACGGCUGCAAUUUCCUGCGCUGGCGGCGUCAGCGUUAUUGCGAGGCGUGCGCGAUGGGCUGCCACCGAGAAGCGACCGGGAACUUCGAAGAGGACGAGGAGCGCCGGGUCGGCUUGUUUUCGCACGGCCCCGGGAAGUGCACGCACCCAGAGGACCAUGUUACCGGUGACAAGUGGACCUGGAUUCACAUUCAUUGCAAUUCGGAUUGACUUCUGUUGAAUACAACACGUCGAUUAUUUUGUUCGGCCUACACCAGUUUUCCUAUUGUUGAAAUGUGGUUAAAUAAAUGACAUUGCUCUCUUUUAA